GUCAAACUAUCGAGUUAAAACGUGUCUGUGUGUGCUACAGUACCUUUCCACCUCCCCGCUAUGAUGUUAUAGUCAACAUUUGUAUCAGUGUAACAGCACAACACUUUCCCAGCUAGAUGGCAGCAGCAGAGUGACGAGGCAAGGAAUGUUCCACUGUCCAGGUAGGGGAAGAAGAGCAGCAGUUUGCUACUGUGGAGCGAAAAAGUCAUCCAAGAGCAGCAAGCGGAAAAAAACUCCCGUAAUUGAAGUCACAAGUUGUCAUGCAUACUUUGUAUGACGGACUGACAAGAAGCUCACAAUGGUGUCGCUAUCGCCGCCUACUACAUUCAUCUUUUAUUAACUUUAAAUGACAUUUGGGUGCUUUUCAAAAGUAUUCCGUGGAGUUUUGAGAGGCGGAGUGCAUGAAAUGUAGUAGCGGGGACAACAAGGAAGGGGAAGAAGCACCAUGGCUGACUGGAGGACUUUUAACGUCGUGGUUUUGGGCGUGGGAUUCUUGUUUAUUUUUACCGCCUUCACCACCUGUGGAAACAUUGAACAAACUGUGGUGAAAAGCCUACAGAAUGACACCUUCACAGGAAGCGGAUACCACAGUUUGGGAAUCAUCUAUGGAGUCUUCUCAUUUUCCAACUUGUUGGCGCCAGCCGUGGUGGCGGUGCUUGGACCAAAGGUGACCAUGUUUGGGAGCGGGCUGCUUUACAGUGGCUAUAUCGCCGUCUUCUAUGAGCCGUCCACGUGGUCUUUCUACCUGACGUCUGUGCUGAUCGGAGUUGGUGCUGCUCUGCUGUGGACCGCUCAAGGCCAGUUCCUGGUGGAGAAUUCAGAGGCUUCCACCAUCAACAGAAAUACGGGCAUGUUCUGGGCUUUGUUACAAUGCAGCAUGUUGUUUGGCAACCUGUACAUUUACUUGGAGUGGAACGGAGAAAGAGAAAUAUCAGAUAGCAGUAGGAAGAAUAUCUUCCUCUCUCUGCUGGUGGCCUCUAUUGUGGGGACGCUGUGCUUUCUGGCGUUAAGGAGGACACGCCUACCUGAGGAGGAAAUGCUCUCCGAAGAGGAAGGACAAUCGCUGCUUUCUACCCGUGUAGUGUACCAGCACAGAGCCAGCACAGCCCUAUAUGAGGUCAAGGCUGACUUCAAAACCAUGCUGCAGCUCUUGAAGACCCGUAACAUCCUCCUCCUGAGUCCCUGUAUGGCGUAUAGCGGUCUGGAGCUGUCCUUCUACAGCGGCAUCUACGGGACGUGCCUGGGCGCCACGACGCAGUUCGGCGAGGCGGCAAAAGGCCUUAUCGGCAUCUCGGGCAUCGUGGUGGGCUUGGGCGAAAUCAUCGGCGGAGGCUUGUUUGGUUUGGUGUGCAAGAACAAUCGCUUCAGACGCACUUCGGUCGUCUUCCUGGGAAUGGUGGUUCAUUUCGUGGCCUUCUAUCUCAUCUUCCUCAACAUUCCUGAUGAUGCGCCUGUGGUCUUCAACACCACCACCUCCAAAAGCCCCUUUCUCAUUCCGAGCGUGUCCAUCGCCCUGCUGUGCAGUUUCCUGCUGGGCCUCGGUGACAGCUGCUUUAACACGCAGCUCUACAGCAUCCUUGGGUGUGUCUACGCUGAACAAAGCAUGCCCGCGUUUGCCAUCUUCAAAUUCAUACAGUCUGUCUUCGCAGCUGGGGCAUUCUUCUACAGCGGUUCCACGCUGCUAACGUGGCAACUUCUGCCCAUGGUAGUGCUGGGCUUUAGCGGCACGCUCUCCUUCUUCGUGGCGGAGCGCAUUCAUGACGUGGAUGCAGCCUACACGGAGGCGGUGGAAUAACUGGAGGAAGAAGAAAAAAAGAUACUGUGGAGCGCAAGCAGCUUUAAGGCACUGAAGGUCCUAUUAGUUUUUAAAUGAUACUUUUUAUCAUCAUCAUCUCGGCGGGAGCCCCGAGGUUCAUUUGCAUAUUGUGCUAAUGGCCUAACAUUGCUCUGUAAUGAUGUGUUCAUUAAUACAACACUUAUACAUGCGUUAUAAGUUAUAACCACUUUGUGCGCUGCAUGGCCUCCAACUCAGGUUGGAGAUUUUAUGGAAGGCUGACAGGCUUUUUGUUGUUGUUGAGUUUUGAUGAUCAACAAUGUUUUUUUUCUGUGGUCAAAAUACAUUUCUAACCUGUGGACAGUGUUGUCACAGAUUACCUGAAAAAGUAAUUAUAAUCAAUGAUUACUGAUUACGCCUUCAAAAAGUAAUCUAGUUACUUUACUGCUUACUUUAUUAUCAAAGUAGCUAAACGUAAUUUAUCAUUACUUUUUACCAAUUUUUCUCCCUCUGUCGCCUCAACAUAAAAAUAACAGAAAAAUGUCAUUGCAUGUAAUUGACUUUCCGAUAAUUUAAAGGGGAAGAUCAGAAUUUUUCACAUGAGGCUUAAUCUUCGAGUUAGCGGAGGUUUAAUUACUCGAUGGAGUUGAUUUCAACCACCGUUGACUCACGCUAGCUGAGCCACUCUGCAGCCCUGAAACUAACAAAUAACUGACAAACUGUGUGGAAUUUAUUGAAAUCAACUCCACCAAUUGAUUAAACCCCACUAAGUUGAAGAUAAAGCCUAAUGUCAAAAAUUCUGAAUUUCGGGUUAGGGUUAACAGCAUGUCAGUGCCAAUGUAAAGCAAUGCAAAUUGACUGCACACUAAUCAACAACACACAAAUGAAUUGCACAGUGCAAUAAACACAAAGGUGUGGGCAGGCGCGGAUGUGCGCGCACAACCUUAAAGUACGGCGUACACACAUGCAGUCAAUUUGGCCACAGAACGUGGCGGCAACUAAGCAUUUUACACUCAAUCGGACUUACAACACUUCCCAAAGAUGCUGAACGAACACGUCAUCAACACGGCAGAAAUGUGCAACACGAAUAUGAUGGAAACAAUGCUUCGCGAGGACGAGUGCGAGUGUUGACUACCCGCCGUUGCAAUGGCAAAGCUGCAAAAUGACCGCGCAUGCUCCAACCUCUCACUGGAACCCUCCAGAAUAAAGGAAAAAUACACAGAUCAACAUUCCCUCGCACAUCUCAACAGGUGGCUGCACUGGGCUCGAAUGUGCACCCGCGCUGGCACACGCCUUUCGCAGUUCCAAACACAGGAAGUAACUAUGAGCGGGUACCAUGGAAACGAAUGCAUAGUGGGAACCUUUCUAACAUUUUUUUUUUUCAAAAUGCUUUGUAAAUGACUACAAUAUUCUUCAUUCUACAUAUAUUAUGAGGCAAUAACAAAAUAGUAACACACAGACACUAAGGAAACUAAUCAGAUUACUGGUUUGGAAAAACAUGUUAAAUUGCUCGUUACUGAAAAAGUAAUCAGAUUACAGUAACGCGUUUAGUGACAACACUGCCCGUUUGCCUUUUUUAAAUUUUUUUUAUUUUUUUAAACACACAUUCUAGAUUGUGUUUUGUUUAAAUGCACUGCUAACAAGCCAACAUUUGCAAAUAAAGCUAUGCAUUUCUUGCUGUGCAUUUUCAUUGUGAGACUAAAAUGAACACAUCUGCCGCUUUAGAGUAAUUCUGCCAAAACUUCGAUCCGAUCCGAUCACCUGUUCAGAAAUUUGGCAGGUCAAUUUUCAGAGGAUCGUAAUCGGGUGAAAAGGAUCGUGGGUUUUAAUUAAAAGAAAAUUUUAAAGGCUAGAAAUUAACAAAAUAAUCCAGGAAUACUAAUGGCGUUGCUAAAAGAAACAUAUAUGUUUUAUACUCACACUGCUGGAAAAAGUGGAAGUACUGCAGGACUGCAGCUAUCAGUUAUUUUAGUAAACGAUUAAUCUGUCAACUAGUUAGUGUGAAUAAUCGAGUAAUCGGAUUAGGAACAUUUAAUGCGUUGCAGAAUACAUUUUAGGAGAUGGAAAAACAAAGGCUUGUAAGAUUACACGUUCAACAGAGUAAUAAACGCGAAUGCAAAAUAAAAUUCCUGAGUGUUUCUUCAAACAAUGCAGAAUUGCACUUUCAUUUGAAAAUAAAGUAACUGAUCUUAGCCUCAAACGGUAUGUUUAAGAAUAAAUCCAAAACUGUGUCAACGUUUACACUUGGUACUGAAGGGUAUUUAUUUUAUGGGUUUUGCACAUUACCAAUUUAGCUGCAUGAGCUGUAUGGAUGCUGCAAACAAAGUUUCGUUGUGCUUUUUUUGUAACAAUGACAAUAAAUAUUCUGACUCUGAAUCUGAAAUGAGCAUCUAAGUACAACAAAAGAACAACUAACUAGCAAAAGUCCGCUUGCCUAAAUGCUAUAAAAUGCUUUUUUUUUUUUUAACAAUGCUCUUAACAAAUAACUUAUUCCCAUAAAAAACUGCUAAAUGUACCUAUAUUUUAAAUUAUGAACGAUAAGAAAUAGCUCAAACAAAAACCUUAUGUUGGUCUUAACAGGCAGCAGCUGGAUUCAGCCAUGUUAAAUGAGUUAUGUCAUAUUCACUGUUGCCACUAGAGGCCAGUGUAUCCACCCAAAUCAAUAAAACCAAAAGCAAGCAUUUUCAAAACCAUUACAACUCUACUCGAAUUAAACGAAGCGCCAAAAUUGGAUUCAAAGCUUUUUUUUUCUGAUCUAAUUACUCAAGUUAACUAAAGUACUGUGAACAGUACUGUAGUGUAACAUGUUUGGAAUUUUUGUUAAAAAAAUUAAAAAAAGACUGGUAUCGGGAUUCUAUAUCGGCAGAUUCUCAAAAUCAAGUGACUCAGACUCGGGUGUAGAAAAUGCGAUUGGGACAUCCCUUAUACAGAGUAUCAUAUAGACUUUGUUUAUUAAACGGCUGAAAAUGGGCAAAUAACAUCUCAAAUGACUGAAAUUUGAAUACUUUGAUUUCUGUGACUCGGUGAAAUAUCUUAGUUGCGCAAGUACUGUUUAGUAACAUAUGUUACAUUCUUCUUGAAAAACAAACAUGUACUGUAUGAAGUGAAAAAAUGCUGAAAGAGUUUGUAUUCCUGCAAAUCAGUGAAGUAAUAUUUAGUUGUACAUGGGGAAAUGCUUCACAUCAGUGUUACAAUUUUCUCUACAAACAGACACACCACACACAACCACAGAACUCAUACUCGGUUGUAUGACUACCUUACCUUAAAGUGCCUGUGACACCAUAAAAGAAAUCUCAAAUAACAUUAUUAUGUGAAUUAAAUCAUAUUUUGAGACGAUUUGACUAUAUACAACAAUUUGGCAAAGCGCAGAUGAUGAGAAAUGAGUCUUUCAAUCUGCAGUUUAGCUAUUCCUGUCAUUAUAGCGCCCUGGCGCCGCCAUCUGGGUGAUGAUGUCGGCAGAGUAAUGAUUUUAGCUGAUUUAGAAUUCAGCCUAAUAGAAGACGAAGAUUCAGAACGUGGAAAAUGCGACAGAGAGCAGCAAAAUGUCAUUGUUUUUAUAUCUCCAAUAUUUUUACAGCAUAUUCUUUGUAUCUACCCGAUUGCUGAAUAAAUUUUAUGGUCAUGACAAAUUACAGUCUUGUGCUAAAUGGAAUACGAAAUAUUAAAAAUGCAUUUAAUCAGUACGACAGGGCUAAACUACAGCAUAAUGGUCAAUUUUGCUGACUUCUUAAAGCUCCCGAACGAUAUUUUAUCUCACCGGAGUUAGUCCAGCUCUUGUCAUUUCCCAGCGGGGAUUAAGGAGGAAGGCGUAAACAAAAGAGGAGUGUGAUAGCUAGGCUGCAAGCUAACCCGAACCGAGCAGCACGUCCAGGUAUCUUCAUCGCCUUUGGAACAUGAAAAAUCAUACAAAACUACCCCGACUUAUGUCACACACAGCGGCAGGAGUAAUUGUCUUCACCAAUCGGCCAGCCCCCAGCGGCAAGCAAGUUUCUGCUCAUUGUUCCCCAGCUGCAGCCUGGCAGACAGGCAGUGCUCAUCACUGGGGACGCAAAGGGGAAUGAACACCGAAAAUGGCGUGUUCUCAGUGGACAAACCGGCCGACGUCUGUGCGCAUGGCUUCCCGAGCCUAAGCCGAGUAUCGUGCUCUUUAGGCGGACACGUGAAGAGGGCCGAGGAGGGUGCAAGUCUCGACACAAUCGAGAACCGGAGAUGAGAGUGGGGGGCUCUCAGGGCUCGAGGAUAGAGCUCUAUAGGCGGGCGACCAUGGUGUGCGACAAGCUGCCGGUCGUCGGCCGAGUGGCCUUCUCGGUGGACAGGGAGCAUUGUCACCCACAAAAUGCAAGUCACCUCCUUAUUAAAACUUUUGCCAUGAUCCCAGUAUUUGACAUAACAUAAAACACGUAGCUUACUCCAUCAUCUCUCCAAUGGUCUCUAGACUGUCGGACUUGUUUUGCCCACUCUUCGCGUUGAACAGGAUCUUUUGGAAAUCCAAAAAGCCUCACAUCACUCUCCCUGGUGUAGCAACAAAAGCCUGCGGCACAUUGGGCUGGCAUAGUAAGCGAAUUAAUCCGCAAAAAUGGCUGGAUUGUGAAGAUGAUUAGUCUGCUGACGUCCCAUUGGCCGGAAGUCACUCAUUUUCAUGGCACGGGAUUCAAAAAAUUGAAUAACUAUAUUAGGGCCGUCAAAAUUAUCGUGGUAGCGGGCGUUAAUUAAUUUUUUAAAUUAAUCACAUUAAAAUAUUUGACGCAUUUUACGCACAUGCCCCGCUCAAACAUUAAAAUGACAGCAAAGUGUCAUUUCCACUUGUUACUUGUGUUUUUUGGUGUUUUGCCUCCCUCUACUGGCGCUUGGGUUCGACUGAUUUUAUGGGUUUCAGCACCAUAAUUAUUAUUGACAUCAACAAUGGCGAGCUACUAGUUUAUUUUUUGAUUGAAAAUUUUACAAACUUUAUUAAUACGAAAACAUUAAGAGGGAUUUUAAUAUAAAAAUUCUAUAACUUGUACUAACAUUCAUCUUUUAAGGACUACAAGUCUUUCUAUCCAGGGAUCGCUUUAACAGAAUGUUAAUAAUGUUAAUGCCAUCUUAUUGAUUUAUUUUUAUAAUUAUAAUAAACAAAUACUGUACUUAUGUACAAUAUGUUGAAUGUAUAUAUCCGUCUUGUGUCUUAUCUUUCCAUUCCAACAAUAAUUUACAGAAAAAUAUGGCAUAUUUUCUAGAUGGUUUGAAUUGCGAUUAAUUACGAUUAAUUAAUUUUUAAGCUGUGAUUAACUCGAUUAAAAUUUUUAAUCGUUUGACAGCCCUAAAAUAUAUCAAUCGCUUCCACACACAUCCAAGCGGUCAAUUUCAUUCAGGAGCAUAAAAUACCGCGUGUAAUAUGAAAUAAACAUGCUUUUUUUGUGUCACAGGCACUUUAAAACAGCUUCCCACCUUUUUUUUGCAUUUAAUUGCAUUUUUUGAAAAUAAACAGAAUUUGGUCCACACUUCCCUGACAUUUGUUCACUCCAUGUAAUACAGAUGUGAAGCAGCGUCAUUUUUGCUAAACAAAUCACAAAAUGUGUGGUGAAUGUGAUACCUGUCUCAAAGGUGUUAUAGAAUUGAACAUUACUUUUACAUGGACAUAUUGUGAAAAUAAGGACUAGAGGUGAGUAAACACUUUUCAGUCACUGUUGUUGGAAUGAUUUUAACUUAAUAUUCCACAUGAAAAAAAGUAUACUUUAACUUAAUCACCACAAAACAGGAAGCGGUGAGUAAUCCACAAGAACGUAGGACAUUAAUCAAAAAGUGGUGGACAAGAAAGCAGACGGUAGG